CAAAAUGCAACCCUUCCUAGCGGCUGUUCUGCGGCUGCUCGUCGGACUGCUGAAAGUUACGGUGCGCCGUGUUUGGCUAAAGCUGCGACCACCUUCGCCAAACACCUGCGUCACCGUUACGAUCGGACCGGGCAAGGUACGCGGUGUUACGGGUGUGACGGACGGUGGUGCACAGUACCACCGCUUCAAGGGCAUUCCCUAUGCCGUGCCUCCAGUCGGUGAUCUACGCUUUCGGCCCCCGGUACCGCUGGAAUCGUUUCAAAAGCCUGUGCUGGAGUGUUUCGUCGAAGGUAGCAAGUGUUUGCAGUACGAUCAGAUUCUUGCCCUGCUGGUUGGAUCGGAAGAUGGGUUGUUUCUUAACGUUUACACUCCGCAACUACCGGACGAUAGCUCUGCCGGCCUUCCCGUGAUGGUGUACAUCCAUGGGGGAGGAUUCCUGAGCGGUAGUGGUGACUCGUUUCUGUACGAUCCGAUCUACUUCGUGGAGCAGCGUGUGGUGAUCGUCACGUUCAACUAUCGGCUUGGACCGCUUGGAUUCCUUAGCUUCCCCGAGGCCGGUAUUGAGGGGAAUGCUGGCCUGAAGGAUCAGUUACUGGUGCUGCAGUGGAUCCAGCAAAACAUUGCCGCUUUCGGAGGUGAUCCGACCAAGGUGACGCUGUUUGGCGAGAGUGCUGGUGCUAAGGCGGCCUAUCUGCACUAUCUAUCACCUGUCUCGAGAAAAUAUUUCCAUCGAGUGAUCUGUCAGAGUGGAGUCGCUUGUUCCGACUUUGCCCUGCAAGUCGAUCCAAGUGCGAAGGCACGUAAGCUAGCAAAGUGUAUCGGCUACCAAGGAUCCUCCGAUAGGGAGGCACUGGAUGUCCUCCAGAAAGCUCCAGCAAAGGAGCUAUUCAAACACCAAUUGGAAACGUUAGCGGACAGUGAACGACACCAAGAACUUCAGUUCCCAUUCCGUCCCGUCGUUGAAAACGAGCACACCGAUGCCAUCGUUGUUCAGCAUCCGCUGGACGCUCUGCAAACCGACCUCGAUCCUCCCAUUCCCAUCAUUACCGGGUGUAACAGUGGUGAAGGUAUGGUCGCACUGGCCAAGGCACAGAAACAUCUCAACGAAUACAACAUCCACCCGGAACGGUUACUGCCUCCCAUGCUACAACUCCCCCCAGGUGUCAAUGGGAAAGAGUUGGCCAAAAAGGUCAAACAAUUCUACUUCCAAACACGUCCCAUAAGCAGUGACACACUGCCAGAGCUGAUGGAUGUUCUGUCAGACAAUGAGUACAUCACAGCCACUGUGACUGCCGCCGAGCUGGUGGCCAAGUAUCAGCCGAAGGUGAAGCACUAUUGUUACUACUUUACACACGAUGGACGGUUGGGGAAUAUUAAGCACUUGCUUAAUAUGGCGCACGUUCCGGGUGUCUGUCACGGGGAUGAUGUGUUUUACAUGUUCCGGUCAGCGCUUAAUGCAACACUGUCGGAACAUUCGGAUGAAACGAUCGUACGGCAAGCGUUCGUAAGGAUGUGGAGUAAUUUUGCUUACGAAGGAGAUCCAACACCGGACGGUGGAGAUCGUUCGAAGGACCUCACGAGAUGGGAUCCCGUAGAACCAUGCGCUGGGAAGGAUUACUUCAGGUUGCGGUGUCUGCAGAUUGAUGCGAGCUUGAAGAUGGUGCCGAAUCCUUUCCUAAAACGGACCAAGUUUUGGAGAGAUCUGUUCCGGACGUACGGAUAUGGUUCGAGAAUGUUACCAGAGUGAGAUGUGGGUAUUACUUGAUCUCUAAGGAAGUAUCUUCGCCUGCUGAGUGCCUCUUCAAUAUACUGCUGAGUAGAUUGAUUGACCUCGAAUAAGUAUUGAUUACGGAUUUCGUCUUAGCAACCUGUGUUGCCAAGAUACCGGUCCAUGACACGCUAAUAAAAUAAUCCCAAGCGAUUCGCAACUACGAGCUAGUAA